AUCAAACAUGACAUCUGCUGCUCAAAAGCAAUUGGGUACAUCUAUACCAGGAGCAGGAACGAAAGGAAGACCGAUUGUGUUCUUCGAUAUAAGUAUAGGAGAUCAAUCGGCCGGUCGGAUAAAGAUUGAACUGUUUUCCGACAUCGUUCCUAAGACCACAGAAAACUUUCGACAAUACUGUACAGGAGAACAACGUAUUAACCUGCAACCGACAGGUUACAAAAAUGCAAUCUUUCAUAGAGUCAUAAAGGAUUUUAUGAUCCAAGGUGGUGAUUUCAUCAAUGCAGACGGAACGGGAUCACAAUCAAUUUAUGGCAAAUCAUUUGAAGAUGAAAACUUCACAGUCAAACAUGACUCGGCAGGACUUUUGAGCAUGGCCAAUUCGGGAAAAGAUACGAAUGGUUGUCAAUUCUUCAUCACGUUGCAAAAGUGUGACUUCUUGGAUGAUAAGCAUGUAGUCUUUGGAAAAGUCGUUGAUGGAAUGUUGACCGUUCGAAAGAUCGAAAACGUACCGACUGGACAGAAUAAUAGGCCAAAGAUGACAGUGCGGAUAACAGAAUGUGGAGAGAUGUAGCAAUAGGACACGACUCGGACUGUAUCUGUAAAAAUGUCAAAAAUUCAUUCGAUUAAAAACAGGCGUAAAGUAUCGUAUGGUACAACAGCAUUUCACAAGGGUGCGAGUACAUUUACCGUCGAUUGCCAGAAACGGAAAGGGAUGAGAAAAGGAAAAAGAAGAGAAAGGAAUUAAAAAAUGACAGAAUGG